GAAUCCUGUUCAGUUGCUUUGUGACUGCGAGGAAGUUGCGGCAUUCCCCUUGAGAUUUCAAACACGGCAAAGUAGGGGUGCUAUUAUCUUGGCCGUUUCUGGAUAAGAAUUCUCACAGCUGUAGAAUUCCAUGGGGCUUAAACUUAUUCCUUUGUCGAUGAACAAACACCUAAGCAUUUAUUAAAACCUACGAGGCUAUUGGGACGGUGGGUUGAAGACAUCGGAUGACGUGCCAGACUGCCUAGUUGAUCAGUCUACGGAUGGUUGGUUGAGAAAAGGAGCAUCCCUGAGCUGAUUCCCAUGGUAGUCUAUGUGGGGAUGGCGGGUUGUCUUGUCCCUUCUGGUGGCUGCUGAGGUUGGGCUGGGAGCCCGAACUUAGUGUGGGGUGGAAGCCUACUGUAGUGGUUUCAGCCCUUCCAGUGAGAGCCGUAAAUGGAAGAAUUUCAGAUCAAGGGGGCUAUCUAUCAGCGUGGUUGUGUUUCCCGACAUGUUGGGAGGUUGUUUGGGAGGGGAUCCUUGGCAUGCGACAAACCAAUGGCGAAGUUGAUGACUUUUAACAAAAGUACGUUAAAAUUAUCGUAAGUUCCAUGCUCUAUUCAGGAGUACCUGCCAAUCGGACUGGUUGAUUUGGAAAUCAGGAAUGCAGCGACUGUGCAUAUCUUCUCUCAGUCUGAGGCACUAAUAAGUUUGGGCAGACUUGAGUAUAAUCUCUUGAUUCAUGGGCCUCUUUGUCUUGAUAUAUAAGUCAAAGAGUGAUAUGGCUAUUUGUUCCUAUACGAGCCAUGCUAACAACGGUCCUGCACAUAACACCCGUAUUUGACGAUGGUCUCUGCCUUGCCUAUGAACAUCAUCCCUGGAGAAGCAGAACUAUCGUCGGAUGCAAUUGCCUAAUGGAAGCACAUGCAAUUAGCAUGGUGUCUUUCUUCGUCAUAACCCAUCCCAUCACAUCCCAUGGAGCUGUCUCCGAUACAUAUUACUGCUGAGAAAAGAUAAGGACAAAAGGGCCUUUGAAUUGGGGGUCAAGGCAAAGGCUGGGCCGGCCCCCUUUUUUUCUGACGGGGAGGAAGAAGCCUCUCCUUCGACAUGGGCAUGGCGAAUCCACCAUCGGCGUCACGGGCUCCCGAUCUUAGCAAUGCCUACGGUUCUCUCGAUUGGCAAGACGGCAACGCCAAGGAUUGGAGAUCAAAGAGGAUGUCGGUGAAGGGCUUCUUCGGCUUAUAAAUAGUAGCAGAUAUUGAUUCAAUCUUACGCCACACGUAAAAUAGACGCUACUUACUCGAUCGGUAACCUCAGUCUCACGCUAACUGUCCCUCCCUCUCUCUGACUAUGCCUUCCUUAUAUAAACCAACAAACCCUCUCCCUCGCUCUCCCUCCCUCCCUUCUUCUUCUUCCCUUGAUUUCACUUCCUUCAGUCCCUCUCGACUUCAGUCCCUCCUGACGCCAGAUUCCUCAGACGCUACUCCUCUCUCUCUCUCGCUCCCACCCGACUUCGUCAAUCAAUGGCGCUGCCGGGCCAGCAGACUGUUAGUUACCCGAGCUUCAAGCUCGUCAUUGUCGGUGAUGGCGGCACUGGUAAAACCACUUUCGUGAAGAGGCAUCUUACUGGCGAGUUUGAGAAGAUAUACGAGCCUACCAUUGGUGUUGAGGUUCACCCACUGGACUUCAACACAACCUACGGCAUGAUCAGGUUUUACUGCUGGGACACUGCUGGACAGGAGAAGUUUGGGGGUCUCAGAGAUGGUUACUACAUCCAUGGGCAAUGUGCGAUCAUCAUGUUUGAUGUUACUGCUAGGUUGAGCUACAAAAAUGUCCCUACAUGGCAUCGCGAUCUCUGCAGGGUGUGUGAGAACAUACCAAUCGUCCUGUGCGGGAACAAGGUUGAUGUGAAGAACAGGCAGGUUAAGGCCAAGCAGGUGACAUUCCACAGGAAGAAGAAUCUGCAGUACUAUGAAAUCUCUGCCAAGAGCAACUACAACUUCGAGAAGCCUUUCCUGUAUCUUGCUCGGAAACUCACAGGGCAACCUAACCUUCAGUUUGCGGAGAUGCCUGUUCUUGCUCCUCCUGAAGUACACAUUGACUUGGAUGCUCAGAAACAGCACGAGAAAGAGCUUGCUGCUGCUGCGAGUCAGCCUCUCCCUGAUGACGACGACGAGUUGUCCGGGUAGAGUUGGGCUCAAUGGGAAGGGGUUACCUUAGUCUCUUGCAUCAAAUUUUACAUAACCCCACUUCGCCGUGAUAGAUUUACCAUUUUUGGAAUGGUAUGAUGACAGGUGGAUUGUUAGUUAGUUAGCUAGACUUUUCUUCUUCCUCCUUUUUUUACUGUUACAUCGUCUUAGGUUUUUCUGUUAGUUCAGGCAACUUGAGUUUGGUGUCGUCGAGCUCUUUUGAACCCCAUGGUUGUUUCGGUGAUACUUGAAACUGGAAUCUUGCAAGUGAUAUUCUACCUACCUUAUUCUGACUGA